AAGCGAACCGCAACGGGAUACGUGCACGGGCCAAGAGACUACUGCCGUUGAGCGGCGUGUCAUUGACACUGUGACGUUGCUACAAACCAAACGGCAAACUUGCCAAAGUGGCUCCUUGGCCAUGGCGAGGAUCUGCUCCGGGUUAGGACCUACCUGGCCUCCAUGGCUUGCAGUCCUUGGAUCGACCUCAUCCUCAUCCUUGUUCGCAAGCAGCGGAAGCACAAGUGUCCAUCGCCCGACAGGAUUCCGAAUCUGUGCGCUAGGAGCAUAAUUACAUCAAUAAAAAAGCCACACCAAUACAUGUCAAUACAAACAACAUUGAAAUAAACAAACAAAACACACGUGCACAAAGAAAUUGAACGAUAAGCGCUUGGCAUGCACAUCGAUUUCGAAAGGUUGAAUGAAUGACGUUUACCUGAGCUCCAGCUCCAGCUCAAGCUCCAGCAGAGACACCAACCAUUACUACUCCGAUUGAACAAACGACCGACAACAAAACUCCACUACUGCUUCCGCCCGCCCACCGCCACCACACCACCGCCACUGUCCGCGUUGACCUGUCCGCUCCCUACUCGCGGUCCGCCAUGUGGCGAGAUCGCACCAACCUGUACAUCUCCUACCGCCAGUCGUAUGCACACCACCCGGCCAAGCGCACGCGGUAUGGCGACUCUUCGGCGAUCUCGUCAUCCCUGGCCGGAGCCGAUCGCUUCGGCGGCUCCGGAAACAGCCUCAUCUUCUCGGCCGACGAGGACCGGCGCGGCCUGCUGUCAUCCGGUGCUUCGGACGACGGCGAUGCAGUGAUCGAGAUGGACCUGUUGCCUCCGCGUUGGGCCGACGUCAACGACGAGGUCACCGAGCUCCUUGCCGACAUUGCGCAAAAGGGCCAGAAGCUCGACAGGCUGCACCAGAAGCAUGUCCUCCCCGGCUUUAAUGACGAGGAGACCAAGCGGGCCGAGGAGAGGGAGAUCGAGGACCUGACGCAGCAGAUCACCAAGGGGUUUCACAAAUGCCACCAGUGCAUACAAAGGGUCGAGAAGAUUGUCAAGGACUCGAAACAAACCGGUGGCAUAAGCAGGGCUGAGGAGGUCAUGGCCAAGAACAUCCAGGUCUCACUGGCCACAAGGGUGCAGGAGGCCAGUGCUGGCUUCAGGAAGAAGCAGAGUGCAUACUUGAAAAAGUUAAAAGGUAUGGGCGGUGGUGGUGGCCUCAGCCCCGGCGGCGACCGGUCAUCUACGCCGAACCCCGCCAACAACUUUACCGAACCGUCAAUCCUCGAGUCCGACGCGGAUAGAUCCUUCUCGCAAUCUACGCUCCAGGCAACACAACAUCAAAAACUGUUACAAUCCAACGACGCGGCGAUCCUGCAGCGCGAGCGGGAGAUCGAUCAGAUAGCACAGGGAAUCAUAGACCUGGCCGAUUUGUUCCGCGACUUGCAAACGAUGGUCAUAGAUCAAGGAACCAUGCUGGACAGGAUAGACUACAACGUCGAGAGGAUGGCCACGGACGUCAAGGAGGCCGACAAGGAGCUGAUCAUCGCGUCGGGUUACCAAAAGAAGACGACCAAACGCAAGAUCAUCCUCCUCUUGAUACUCAUAAUCGCUGGCAUGAUCAUUCUGCUCAUAAUCAAGCCCAAAAAAGAUUCGGGCGAUGGCGGGUGAUAAAGCCAAUGGCAUAAUAUUUUCCUUUGUUUCAUGUUUUAUUUACGAGCACCAGGCGUUCGGGGCCAUGUAGGAUACUGUUCGUUCUAUAAUCCGGGCAGCGCAGCAAUGGCAGAUUUUAAUUGCCAAGACGAAGAACCUCAAAUGAAAGGCUACAAAAUGUAGUCCUUGUCGUGGAGGAUGGAUGACUGUAUCUGCCAAAUUGGGGGCAUGUUUGUUCUGGCGAAAUUGCUAUGAUGAUAGAUCUUUAUUUGACACUGGCUCGACAAGUCUAAACCGACUGACCAUGUAUUCUACAUGAAAAAUCUAAUAUGUACAGAAAUUAUACACAUGUUAUAUACAUCUAAGUGGUAGUACAAAUCUUAACAAUAAACUUGAAACAAACGUCUCAACGCGUCAUCCUCUCUAACCAGCUUACAAUGCGAGCAAUACUGGCAAAGAUUUCGCGUCGAUGCUCGAUGUAUGACAUCCCAUUACGCUCUUCGGCUUUCAUGAUCCUCGUUUCUUUCCGUUGCUGUCGUGCCAUGCCCUCGACAUCAAUAAUUUGCUGCAACUCUUCUGUGGCAGGCAGUAAAGAGCCACCCCAUGCCUCGUUGAAGAGAUCUCGCGCUUCAUCUAGAGUGUACUGGUUGACAAAGUUGAAUUUCGUCAUGAAGUGCUGUCGAGGCACCCAGUCGAAACUGAACAAAUCAACUAGGCAGAGGAUGACGGCUUUUUGAACGGUAAGAUCCGGGACGUUGACCCCGGCAUUUUUCAAAUCAGCCAGGAACUUAACACCUCGGGCGAUCCCGUAGUCUGCCGCCGAUGAUCUCGAACCGAGUCGGCACGGCCUGGAGCGGCGGACAAGUGCACUCUUGAACGCGCGACGAACAAUAUGCCGCUGGAAUCGAUGAUUGAAUAUCUUGGCGAUUGGGUGGCUGCUGUUCGUCAAGGGUAGGUCGCGAGGGAGUGUCUGAAAAGGCUUGUCUGGCUGCAGUGCGUGGAAUGUCGCAGGUACAUCGGCAGUUGGUAUCCUCAGACUAGGUUGGUAGUCUCUUUUGGCAUCCCAGUAGUGGUGAACAAUCUCCAGACUAACCUCCUCCAGCCGAUCUAUGUCUAGUGUGUAGCUAAGUGAGUCCAGAAGACUUUGCCACACACUGGCUGGAGGGGGGUACGGGGUAGCUAGCAUCAGACGGCUCAGCUUAAGGAAGUAGUCGGCAUCUGGAUCCAGGUGACGCUUUCUAUAUGGCAUGUGAUCCAGAAUGUACUGUGAUAUUCGGGCGCUUGUUGAGGCAUAGAGAGGGAUGUCGCUGGCCUGCAUUUGGCUUAAAAUUCUUGUUGCAACCCGUUUUGACAGAAGGUCCGCGGAUGAAAGGUAGUUGUUGUAUUGGAUGGUCACUCCGUCAAGCGUAUCAGCAACCCUCACAGCAGUGAGCAUCCGGUAUGUUUUCCAAUCACUGACGAGCUGGCACGCCUCUCGAAUUUUUUCCUGGGCUGCAUCGUCAUCAAAAACGUCGGGAUGUAUAUCUGAACUUAGCAGGUCUUGAAGCGUGUUCCAGUCCCCAGAUGUUGCCAUGUACCUAAUAGCACGCACGUAUCUGGAAGCACCGAUCCUUAUUCCGCAGCUGUCGAGUUGCUUGAGUCGAUGGACUAGAUCUGCCGUCGACUUUUCACGCAGUGCGAUCGACUGAAGUGAUAAAGGCCCAAUCCUCGAGACUCCCAAUGCGUGAACAAACUGUAUGGCAGUCUCAAGAGAUAUCCAUGAACUGGCAAACCAUCUUGCCCCGAGGGUAUCAUUGUAUUUUUCGUCGGUUCCAAGAGGCCUGCCACCAAGAAAAGUCAAAAGCGCAUUGACAUCGCCGCCCACAUCCUCUGCAGAUCCCUCAAAUCCGGUAAACUCCGUAUCAAGGCCGGCUGCUCUGACUUCUUGCUCUACUAAAGGCUUCUGUGGGAAGUAGGCUGCAAAGUAUCUAAUAAACGGUCGCGAGGCUCGAGAACGGGGGCGGUCAUUGUGUCUAAUGAAGGUAUGUCUCCAUCUAAGUGCCAGGCCGCAAAGUCCCUGCUCCCAAAAGAAGGGUACCAGGAUGUCAUAUAGUCCCCGAUGCGUACUUGUUAUGUAGAUACUUUGCAGCAGGUUCUUGACAUCUUGAUCCUCAUCCAGAACUGCCGUUUUGAGAACUUCGAUGAGUUCUGUCUUGGUGGGAGCUGAGAACGAACUCAACAGCAGAUGCCAACGAAAAGCGCGGUUGAUUUGGCGACUUGCUAGCAAAGGGUUCAUUAUGGAUCCAUAAAGCUGAGGCCAGCGGGUGUCUCGCUUGUCCUGCAUCCAUACCGCAUGACCGAGAAGCUGCUCCAGUAGUGUGUCGUCAUGAAUAGAAAGGUCCACCACAGUUUGCCAGAAAUUCUCGGCCAAGGGAUGGUCUGUCUCGUAAAGCUUCCGGCGUCGAAAGAGCUCGCCCAAUAAAUAAUAUGCUCCGUCAAGAGACCCAGUUCUCUGACAGAAAUCCAGGAGACAUGCCCAUAAAGCUAGAUCCAUCUCUCCUUCCGGGCUAUCUAUUAGCCGUCCUCCAUCAGUCUCAGGCCAGGGAGGUGUCGAUUCUGCUCUCAACCGUGCAUGGUUCUUCGAAAGGCUUUCCCAUCUCCCGUAGCCUGAUGUACUUGCGGAAUCUGACGAGGGUUCGGAUGGUGCUCUGAUUUGUAAUUCAUCCUCUGGGGAGUAGUCAUAGAAGUCGGAAGAUGCUUCGUCACCUCCGUCGAAAGCGUCGAGGUCGACAGUAGCAGAAUGCUCCGGAUUCGGGGCCAAGGCUGACCUGCUGUUGUGAGAAUGGCAUUGUGUAAAGUUUGCUGUCUGUACAGCCGCCGAGUUCGAACUUUUGAUAUAUAAAGCUUCACGAAAGAUAAGUUGCUGGCCGAUCUGUACAGGGCGAUAAAGCGAAAGGACCGCAACGAAACUUGGUGUUGAGCGACGGAGAUAAUGCCUCAGAACGCUCAGUGGCAUCGUCGGGAAGAGAAACUAGCAGAGAAGGGUUUGCGCCCGGAGCGCCAACAUUGUGCUGGCCGGCGUAUGCUCGCUCCCCUGAUGGUGAAAAUCAGGGCAGGGCAGAGACAUUAAGGCUUUGAGCUCAAGGAUAUUGGAACAGGCCAAGCGAUAAUGCUUCUAGGAAUAAUACAAUAUCCGGG